AUGGGACUACGGAAUAUAUUUCGCCGUCAAGAGACCGACGAUUCGGUUGCUCAGGUCAACACGACUACAGUCGAGAAGGGCCAACUGGAUACCCCCGAGGGAGUCGCUGGCGAUGAUGUUCAAGAUAAUGAAAAUCUGCAGCAGGGUGUUCGAGAUAUAGAGGCCGUUACUCAAGCCUGGUCAAAGUGGUCGCUCAUCGCCAUCUUCGUCAAUAUUUGGUUCCUCUACUUCACCAAUUCUUUCCAAUCUAAUAUUUUGUCCAGCUUGGUCCCCUAUAUUACUAGUGAAUGGGAGGCUCACUCGUUGUUGAACACUAUUUAUAUUGUCUCGGACGCGAUCACCGCUGCUUGCUACAUUCCCCUUUCGAAGGUUAUGGAUCUCUGGGGUCGAGCAGAGGGUUUCCUGUUCAUGACAGUUCUGGCCACCGUUGGAUUGAUCAUGAUGGCUGCUUGCAACAACCUAGCCACCUUCUGUGCUGCAUACGUGUUUUAUACCCUCGGAUUUUCAGGCAUGACAUACGUCGUGGAUGUGAUCACAGCAGAUUCAACUAUGCUGAAAUCUCGAGCUUUGGCAUAUGCCUUUACCUCCUCCCCCUAUAUCAUCACUGCUUUCGCUGGGCCCAAAGCCGCAGAUGAUGCAGUGAGUGAUAAUGGCAUCGGUCUGCGCUGGCCUUUCGGCAUCUUUGCCAUCAUCUUCCCCAUUGUUGCCGCCCCUCUUUAUGGUGUACUAAAGUGGAAUCUGGUAAAGGCGCGGAAGGCAAGUGGCUAUGUUCCAGAAAAUAGUGGACGUACAGUUUUGCAAAGCAUCUGGUUUUACAUCAUAGAGUUCGAUGCCCUUGGUGUCCUUCUCUUUUCCGCUGGUCUUGUCCUUUUCUUUUUACCCUUCGAUAUUGCCGGUAGUGCCCCCAGUAGCUGGGAUACGCCCUAUAUCAUUGCAAUGAUCUGUGUUGGUGUCGCUUUGCUUAUAAUCUUCAUCCUUUACGAGUGGCUCCUGGCUCCGAAGCGCCUGUUCGCUUUCCAAUUUUUGUGGAAUCGCACUGUCAUCGGCGCCUGCUUGCUUGAUGCUACAUACCAGCUCUGCUACUACUGCUGGGACAACUAUUUCACCUCUUUCCUGCAGGUUGUCAAUGACCUGAGUGUGGCCAAUGCUGGGUACAUCGGCAACACAUUCGAUGUAGUAUCAGGUGUUUUGCUGCUUCUUGUUGGUUUCUUGAUCCGCCGCACCGGUCGCUUCAAGUGGCUGCUCUGGAUUGGCGUUCCCCUCUACAUCUUUACUCAGGGUCUUAUGAUCUACUUCCGCCGCCCUGACCAGUCUGUCGGCUACCUUGUCAUGUGCCAAGUCUUUAUCUCAAUUGGUGGCUCUGUGUUCAUCAUCGUUGAACAGCUCUCCAUCUUGGCUGCUGUCGAUCACCAGCACUUUGCUACUGUGCUCGCCCUUCUGAAUGUCGUCGGUACUGUCGGUGAUGCUAUGGGUGCUACAAUUUCCUCUGCUAUCUGGCAAAACACUUAUCCCAACGCUUUGAUGAAGUAUCUUCCGGAAUCAGCUAUGGAUAAUUUCGAUAUGAUCUAUGAGGAUCUUGACACACAGCUCAGCUAUGCUGUUGGGUCUCCUACUAGACUCGCUAUCCAGAAAGCCUAUGGCUAUGCUCAAACAAGAAUGCUUGCUGUUGGAACUGGUGUUAUGGGUUUGGCCCUAAUUUGGGUCAUGAUGAUUCGGAACAUUGACUUGAGAAAGUCUCCCCAGGUUAAGGGUACGGUCUGGUAA